GCAACAGGGCAAGGGUGGAGUCCUGACUUCGCUGUCCCCUCUGCAGGCUGGGCUGGGCUGUUCACAUCUCAGGAGCAAGCGGGAGGUGCCCCGAGCAACAUCCCAAGAACAGCUGCUGCAUCUGAGCAAGGAUGAGGCCCCUGAUGGGCUUGGCGUUCAUGCUCCUCUUCCAAGGUCCCUGCUGCCUUAGCUGUGCUGUGAGUGAGGAUGAGCGCCCGCUGGUGAACUAUCUGCUGCAGAAGAUGAUCGAGUCAACCACUCUUCCAGGGCUUCCCCCCAACCCCAGUGUCUUGAUAGCUCUUCAUUUUGCUCAGAACCACAGCCAGGACACGGAGCAAAAGUUGCUAAAGAGGCUUGGCCAGGAUGCGGUAGACAAGGUGAAGACUGGACAAGAUUUCUCUUCGGGCAAGGUGGCCCUCUAUGCCCUGGCAUUCCAGGCUUCGUGCUCUAAUCCCCGAAAAGUCUCUGGCACUCUUGAUCUGGUGGAACUCUUGGAAAAGAAGUUUGAGAUGGAGCUGAAGAACAUCAAGAUCCAUGACAGUCCGCUGACCUCCCAUUACCAGCUCAGCUUGUGUGUUCUUACCCUCUGCCAGCUUCAGGGCACCUUCUCACCUUCUGAGAUAGCAGACCUGUUCAGACCAGAUGAGAAGAAGUAUUCCUUAGGCGGCAGCUUCUCUGUGGACACGGCAGCAGUAGCUGUGUUGGCACAGAUCUGCGUACAGACCACAGAUACCGCCGCACUGUCACCAGAGGUGAACCAGACAAUAGCAGCCACUGUACAGUGGCUUCUGAAGAAAAUCCUGGAGAAGAAAAGCCAGGAUGGAGUCAUUGGGAACAUUUACAGCACUGGGUUGGCUAUGCAGGCUUUGACUGUAUCGGACAACUAUCUCACACCAGGAUCCUGGAACUGCUCCCAGACUUUGGCCAGAGUCCUUAGGGAGAUUCCAGAAGGCACUUUUGACAACUCCAUGGCUGCUUCUCAGAUUGUCCCCUCUCUGGAGGGCCAGACCUACCUUGAUGUGAGCACAAUCAACUGCUCACAGGAUGAAAAUGACCUCACCCUGAGCACCUCUUUACCAACCACUCCGUCAUCUACUCCUCCUGAUCUAAUAACAGUCAAUUACACUGUCACUGAUGGUGUGAACAAUACCUUCUCCGAUUCCAUCAAAAUCUCUGUCCCAAAGGGCUCAGUUUUUCUCAGAGUCAUGGAGGCUGCCCAGAAGGAUGAGCCAUAUAAAUUCAGUUUCAUAUAUGAGCAGCAAUCCUGGGGUGUGUAUAUAACCUCCGUGCGAGGCCUGAAUGCUGACCUUACGAAGCAUACCUACUGGGAGCUCUUGAGUGGGGGAAAAGCCUUGCCCCAAGGUGCUGGUGACUAUGUUGUGAAAGAUGGAGAGAGCUUGAUGGUUAAAUUCACCACUUACUGAAUCCUAGGUUUAGGGCAGGACCAUCAUGUACACAUCUGCCUGAAUGUGUGUGUGUGUGUGUGUGUGUGUGUGUGAUUGCCUUUUCUGUCUGACAAUUCGGGCAUCUUCUGUUUCAUGUAAGAACAGUCCCUAGUCAUCAUAAACCUUUCUAACUGGAAUGUAAUGGAGUAGUGUGUUGACGUUUACCCAAACUCCUCAUUUAUUCAAUAAACCAAAAUAGCAAGAUCAUCUCCCUCACUCCAUUUUUUCUUUUGCUUAACAUCCAGCCUGAAGAAGACUUCUGAUUCACUUAAAAGCUUGCUCAUUGGUUUGGGACUUUUUAGCUGGUCUUAAAUAAUAGUAAU